AUGCAUCACCGAUCUCCACCCUCGCCAUCAGUCACCCAUGUCUCCAAGGAAAAGAAGGUCAUGUCUUUAAAUCAGCGAACCACCCCCAAUACUGGAACCGAAUGGUCAAAUUCUAGAUGGUCAUGUCUUCUAAUCAGCGAUCCACCCCCAAUACUGGAACCAAAUGGUCAAAUUCUUCCUGAGCAUGACAAUCAGCUCGAAUAUAUCGGAUCCACGCGCAUGAAAUCAAAAUCCAACCUCGAAAGAUGUGACUCGGAAUGCGAACUCCAAAGAAUCGAAAUUUGA